CCAUUUACCUUCAGCUUUAUUCCUUGCAAACCUCCAUGAACAAACUCAGUCCACGGCCGUCUUCCUUCCUCGCUUGAAAGUUGAGCAUCUUCAAAGCUCAACUCGAGCAGCAGGGGAGAAAAGAAAAGCUUGAAGGUUGAUGCAUUUCUCAGCAGCACCUUCAUCAAAUUCUUGGCAGCCGGUUGUGACUGCUGACUCCACCGAGGCGUACUACUGGUUGAACUGGAGAGCUCUGCUAUGUGCUGUGUGGGUGCUGUCUUCCAUGAUCGUAGCUUCCAUUUUGGUGUGGAAAUUUGAAGGCAGUGCCUUGUGUAAGGAUGAGCUGUGGUGGCCUUGUGUGCCGGAGAUUCACCCCGUUUGGUUGCUGGUCUUCCGGCUUGUCGCCUUCGUCGCGCUGCUCGGGUUCCUUGUCAUCAAUGUUCUUGUGGAUGGAGGCGGAAUAUUUUACUACUACACGCAGUGGACGUUUAUGCUGGUUACCAUUUAUUUCUUGAUUGGAACAUUGAUGUCUGCCUAUGGGUGCAAACAUCUUGACAAAUUUAGUGAGGAUAAAGUUGGAGUUACAACUCUGAAUGUGGAGCAGGGAACAUAUAUAGCUUCUGUAAACGGUCAAAGGAAGAGGCAGUCUAACGUUCUCGAGGAACAGCUAGUAAAGGAAACUGCUGGCUAUUGGGGGAUUUUGUUUCAAAUAAUCUUUCAGACAAGUGCAGGUGCAGUGAUGCUUACCGAUUGCGUCUUUUGGUUCAUCAUAUUCCCAUUUCUGGUCAUCAAAGAUUAUAACAUGAAUUUUGUAUUGGUUGGCAUGCAUUCGAUCAAUGUAGUUUUCCUUCUCGGUGAAACAGCACUGAAUAGCUUGAGUUUCCCCUGGUUCCGUAUGGCAUACUUCCUACUCUGGACAGCAGUUUAUGUCCUAUUUCAAUGGGUGAUCCAUGCUUGUACCAAUAUAUGGUGGCCUUACCCGUUUCUCGAUUUGUCAUCCAAUUAUUCACCAAUAUGGUAUCUUUUGGUAGCACUGAUGCACAUACCUUGCUAUGCUGCAUUUCGAUUGAUUGUAAAGAUGAAGCAUUUUCUACUCUCCAGCUGGUUUCUUUAGUCCUAUUCUUCUAGCAAGUAGCUGUCUUUAAACUCACUGAUCGCCUUAGCUACUACUAACGCCGCAUGAAAUGGUUCGACUAAAGAAACUGGCAGAUGAAGAACUAUGAGAAAUGUCAUGCACUUUCAAGCUCAAGAAAAUAGCUGAAAAUUGAUUUUUUUUUAUAUAUACUUUUGUGAAAUUUUCUUUUAAUGUUGUAAGGUUUUAAUGACACUCAAAAGUGUUCAUAUUGUUGAUUUUUCUUUUUUACACAAAAAAGUUGCCAAAUGGUGAUUCACUUUG